GGCCCAACAUGUUGGCGUGGUAGGUCGGUUGAGAUUGCCAUCGCGCCUCAUAGUUUCCCGCCUUCAGAUUCUUCACGAGCUCGCCUCUCGACACGGGGCAGAGAGCACAUUGGGCGACUUCAAGAGCAGCGACGGGCCGUGGGCUUCCAUUGCUACCACGUCUUCGCUCGCGGGAAUAGAUAAUUUCAGUACAGUAGGCGAGGUGAGCCGGGUGAGAGUAGCCAACAGUGGGGA